CCGUGGCGGGGGUCGUGCACGGGCUGCGCGUGAGCGCCGAGCGCGCCAGUGAUGGCGCGCACAUCCACACCGCACGGCGCUCACACGCAGCGCAAGGACCGCAGGCGCCGCGGUUCGGAAUCGCAAUCGCUCCGAGCGCCGAGGCCCGCGGCAGCGGCAACGGCGGAGGCGGCUCUCGCAAAUCCGGCCCUCGUCGCACAGAGCCGCCGGCCAAGCCCCUUUAGACCCACCCAUGCUCCCACCCACCCACGCAGCCCUGCACCCACCCUGCACCCACCCUCCAUACACGCGCGCAGCGAGAGCCAGGGGGCCCUGUGUCUCGCCAAAGUGGCGCUCUAUCGGAUAGCCACAGAGCGCGUUCAUCUUGGCGUGCGUGCGUGUGCGGGGUGCGUGCGUGUGCGGGGCGAGGCUGUCCCGUGUACGUGGUGCGUGGUGUGGAGGAGAGGGAGGAGGAGGAGUGGAGAGUCCGUGGGGGAGACUCUCGGUCGUUCCCUGGCCCUGGGCUCUGGCGGGUGUGGGGGAUACAGUAGCUGCUGCUGCUGGGCCCUUGUAUCACAAGCACAUCGCGGGCGGAGGCGCAACGCGAGGGACGAGGAGCGGUGAGCGGUGAGGACGGCGGCGCUCGUCCAGCAUCGUGGGCCCGGCCGACCCGCACCGACUGGACAUCUAUGAAAAGUAGAUGUUUUAUUGCCUCACUAAUGCAAAGGAACAGAGCGGUGUGGCGUGGAGUGGUGGCGCAGCGGUUAGCGCACAGCGGCAAUGGAAGCGGACGACCGCAGCGACGGGGAGGGCGCCGUGGCGGCCACGCGGCCGGGCGGAGACGCGGGCCGGUGGGAAGCGACAGCCGGUGAUGGACCGGGCGACAAAACCGAGGAAAGCUCCCAGGGAGAGGAGCGUGAAGCCACCGCAACCGAGGCACCAGAGGCAAGCGCGAAGAGCCUUGGCCACCUCGAGGCGCGGACGCAGACUGAGGGGACGAGGGAGGUUGCAGCCAAGCGGAAUGCCACGGUGGACAAGGGCAUCCAGACGGAUGGGCGGCAGCGGCACUGCUGCGGUGCAGCCGUAGAGGCCCCGGACCCCGCGCUGCUGCAGCCGCAGCAGAACACAGCCAAGUCUGGCAUCCAGCAAAUCAUCGAGUGCUUCCGCACAGGCACGACGCAGCUGAAGCACCUGCUGCUAAGGGAGGUGGAUACCAUCUUCGAAUGCCGCGCCUGCCGCAGCCUCUUCCGUGGCCUCCCAAACCUCGUCCUUCACAAGGAGGCCUACUGCUGCAGCUGGGAGCGCCUGCCCGAGCCGUCAACCUCCGGUAAGGCGGACCGGCAGAGCCAGGCCGUCAAGGAGCUCCUAGAGGCCAUCUACCCACGUGCCGACCGGCAGGAGUACGUCAUCAAGCUGGAGCCCAUCUCCUCCAACUCCAACGCGGUCUUCCAAAGCGCGCUGGCGCUCGGCGAGGCGCCGCCGGGCCCCACCGCCGUGGACCCGGAGUUUGGCGAGGCGGCACCGCCGGGCGACGGUGACGCCAGUGGCGCCGAGCCCUCGUCGCCGGAGACCGACGCGGCAUCGAGCGGCCCACCGCAGCUGCCUCCACCGCCCCCUCCGGACGUCGCGUCGUCCGUCAACCGCAUGUGCCGCAUCUGCGGGAAGGUGUUCGCGUCGCGCAAGAGCACGCGCCGCCACAUCAAGGUCAUCCACCGCAAGCCGCCCGAAGAGGUCGGCAGGUUCAUCGGCGGCGCGCGGCGCACGGUGGGGGGCGGGGGAGGCGAGGCCAGCGCGGCGGCGGAGUCGCCGGCGCCGUCGCCGUCGCGAGCCUCGCCGUCGCCCCCAGCCUCGGAGGCGCUGGGGCCCCCAGCCUUCGCAGGGAAGUCAUGCCCUCUGUGCAGCAAAUCGUUCGCCACCAAGGCCAACGCGCGCCGCCACUUUGACGAGGUCCACCUGGGCGUGCGCCGUGACCCCGGCGCCAUCGCCGCCACAGCCUCCGCCGUCACGGGCUCCGUGUCGGCGCGUGGCUCCGCGGAGGAGGACGACGAUGACGAUGACUCCGACAGCAGCGACGGCGACGUCGACCUCUCUCUCUCCGGACGCCGGUCCGGCGAGCUGGAGGCCUCUGGUGAUGCCAGGCCGCCGGCAUUCCCCGCGGGAUGGGGCGACCGCCCGGGUGCCGCCGCUGACGCUGGGCCAGGCCGGGGCGUGACCUGCGCGAGCGCGAGCACGGCCGCCAAGCGGUCGGGCGUGGCGCUGGCACUGGGCGUGUCGGACGCAAUGGUCGGCUCUCUGGAGCCCAUCGUCAACCUAUCCUGCGUCGUCUCCUCUCGGCGCCCAUGCUCGGCCAAGCGAGCGAGGGCGUCCGCAGACGACACUGGGCCGGACCGGGACCUCCUGCCUCCACCGCCGGCCAACGGCGCCGGCACCGUCGGGUUCCCUGAAGCGGUGGGCGACAUCACGGUGGCCGAAACACCGCAGCCCGACCCGAGCGUCAAGCGAGUCUCCCGGCGCAAGUCCAGCACGCCCAUGAGCCGCAGUGCCAUGGAACUGCUAAUGCUGCUGCAGAUGGCACCGCAUAGCCCCGCGUCCUCCUGCGAUCCGGCCGACCCGUCGCUCCGCGAGCCUGGGGAGGUCGUGCGCGGUGGCGCGGAAGAGGAGCGGCAGCAGCGGCCACCGUUCCGCACGUCCACGGUGGAGACGCGUGCCAAGCGCCGCUCAGUCGGCGCCGAUGGCUAUGGCUACGGCUACGGCUAUGAUGGCGCCGGGCGCUCGGGCCCGGCCGCCGACUGGGACAUGGAAACCAAGAUGUGCCUGCGCUGCCACCGGCAGUACACAACGGCUCAGACGCUCAAGCGCCAUAUGCUGCUGAUCCACCGGCGCGACAUCGGCCGUGUGGAGGGCGACAGCGACUCGUCGUCCGGCGGCGACGGUGCCGGCGGCCGGCGCCAGCGGCGGCGGCGGUGCCGCCGGCGGAGAGACCGCACGCGCAGGAGUCGGCAGCGGGCGCCGCACCGCACCCACGUCGAAGCAGAGAAGGAGUCGGCGCCAGCGGGAGCCCCGCGCGACGCCGGCCCCGCGUCGUCCUCCGCGUCGUCCGCUGACGAUUCUGAUGGCGGCGGCGGUGGUGGCGGCGAGCGGUGCGACGCAUGCACUCAGAAGUUCCCCACCAAGGCCGGGCUCAAGCGGCACGUGUGCAGCGCGCACGGGCGUCACGACGACGGGCUGGGCCGCAGCCAGCAGCUGCUGGCGCUCGCGGCGAGGACGGCGCGCGCUGCGCAGGGCCGGCGGCUCCGGCUAUCGCUGGGCUUCGACAUGAAGCGGCUGUAUUGCAAGCUGUGCAAGCGCUGCUUCACCAACCGUGCCAACAUGCUGCGCCACAUCGAGCUGCACUCGGACCGCGACGAGGGCGGCGGCAUCUAUGUCAAGUUCUACCGCUGCCCGCUGUGCGCCUACGAGACGCGACGCAAGCGCGACGUGGUGCGCCACAUCACCAUGGUGCACAAGAAACGCUCGCGCGACCUCGCCAAGAUCGUGGGCGGCCUUGAGAGCCGCGCCGUCAAGAAGCCAAUAGACGCGUUCUUGAGCCGCGGCCGAGCCAAGGGUCCAGACGAGCGAGCGGGCGACCCGGCAGCCGAUCCCGCCGGCACCGCCGCGAUCGGGGCACCGUCGUCACCACCGCCGGCGCCGCCGCCGCCGCCGGCGCCCGCAAAGUUGCCGCCAUGCCGGGCCAAGUCUCCGACGAUGGCGAACGGGAGGGUGGAGGCGGCCGAUGCGGCCACUGCGGCAAGGUCGGCGCCGGCGCCGCACAAGUGCCCCGUGUGCCGCAAGGCAUUCGCCAAGAAGACGUGCCUCGCCUUGCACCGCCGGGCCCACCGGCACGCCGCCAGGGCCGUCGCCGCCAGGGCCAUCGGCGCCGGGCUCACGGCUCAAAGGGUGGCGGCGGAGGAGGAGAAAUCCGCGACCAAGUCUCUGGUCCGACACACGCGCUCCAAGGCCUUGCAGCCAGGUCACUCAAGAUGAGACGGCCAUGAGAAGUUCUGGAGAAGUCCUCCUCACCCAACGCGGCAGAAACCACCACCACCUCCAUAAACCAAAUUCUCUCGGUGGCAGAGCAAGCGGCUCGCAAUCAGGAGGUUGCGAGGUCACAUCCUAGAUUUAAAGCUUUCGUGACUGCUAGGAUCCAUACUCUUUGGUUCUAUUGGUUAAAGUUACGUAGGUGAAAAUAAAAUAACAAAAAAUCACGAC